AUGACUGAUAAUGUUACAAUGAUCAUCAGCGUAUCCUUUGCUGGGCAUAUUUUGCUGACUGGCAAGGUUAUAUGAAGAGCUUUUAUUGAAGCACCAUGUUAACUAAUAGCUCCUGGUAUUUUCUGCUUCCCUUCGUAGGGAAUUUAGUUAUUUUAUUUUAUUUUAUUAUUUAGCUAAUUUAGCUAUUUUAAAAUAGCUAAAUUUUAGCUACUUUUUUUUCAAUUGACAAAGAAGGAUGUCUAAUCAAAGACUACAGCUGAUUUUUUCUCUGUUGUUUAUCUGCUUCUUCGGGGAGAGUUUCUGCAUUUGUGAUGGAACUGUCUGGACAAAGGUUGGAUGGGAGAUUCUUCCAGAAGAAGUACAUUAUUGGAAAGUUAAGCAUUCUCCAUCUCACUGCCUGCCUUAUCUUCUGGAUAAACUAUGCUGCGACUUUGCUAACAUGGAUAUAUUUCAGGGUUGUUUAUAUCUCAUUUAUAAUUUAUUACAAGCUGUCUUCUUCAUCUUAUUUGUUUUGUCUGUGCAUUACCUGUGGAAGAAAUGGAAGAAACACCAAAAAAAGCUGAAAAAGCAAGCCUCCUUAGAAAAACCUGGUAAUGAUCUAGAAAGCCCAUUGAUCAACAACAUUGACCAAACACUCCACAGAGUGGCAACCACAGCAUCAGUGAUAUACAAGAUCUGGGAGCACAGGUCUCACCAUCCUUCCUCUAAGAAAAUUAAGCACUGCAAAUUAAAGAAGAAGAGUAAAGAAGAAGGAGCCAGAAGAUACUAAAUAUAUGCAUAUGCAAAUGUAGCUUAGUCAAAUAUAGAUAUCACAAAAGAAAUCUAUCAUCUAAGGAUAAAAAUUGUUCUUUGGAAACCUUUAUAAACUUUUUGCCACAAUCUUUACUAAAAUUUUCCAAAGAA